AUCGUCUCAAACAUACACUUCAGUUCCAUCUCCUAUGAACUCAAACAAUGCAAUAGAGCUCUUGUAAUAUUGUUAAUAUUGAUUAACCAAAAUUAAACACAUCUUUAGGUGGAUAAGAACUCCUAAUCCACUCCACCAUUUUAGGAUUUCUACAUCUCUUCUAAAUCUUCUUCAAGAUAAGUUUGUAGACAAAGUUUAUCCAUUGUUUUAUUUAGUCUCCCCUCAACUUCUCCUCUUUUUUGCCUUCUUUUCUGCAUCCAUUUUUGACUCUCCUUCAUUUUUUUCAAUGCCUCUCGUUCAGAUCACUCACUCAACUUGAUUAAAAUCAACCCUAAAAUCGUUAUUCUUUUUUUUUAUAUAAAUUUAUGGGUUAUUUAAGAGAAAUGGAUCACCGGAGGUGUGUUUUUGUUCCUGGUCCGGUGAUCGUCGGAGCGGGGCCCUCCGGGCUAGCAGUGGCUGCAUGCCUUAAGCAACGCGGAAUACCUAGUGUUGUUGUGGAGAGAUCCAAUUGUGUAGCUUCUUUGUGGCAGCUCAAGAGCUAUGAUCGGCUUCGCCUUCAUUUACCUAAGCAAUUUUGUGAGCUUCCUCUCAUGCCUUUCCCUCAAAGCUUCCCAACUUACCCUACUAAGCAACAGUUUGUGAGGUACCUUGAGGAUUACUCAACAAAAUUUGAGAUCAGCCCUUUGUUUAAUGAGUGUGUGGAGGGAGCUGAGUUUGAUCCGAGUAUCGGGUUUUGGCGUGUGAGGAGCGUGGGGAGGAGGGGGGAUGGGGAGGAGAGGAGGAGUGAGUUUGUGUGCCGGUGGCUGGUGGUGGCUACCGGGGAGAAUGCGGAGGCGGUGGUGCCAGAGAUCCGGGGAAUGGAGGAGUUUAGUGGAGAAAUUGUGCAUACUAGUUGUUAUAAAAGUGGUGAUGCAUUUGGAGGGAAGAAAGUUUUGGUUGUGGGGUGUGGGAAUUCAGGAAUGGAAGUUUGUUUGGAUCUUUGCAAUCAUAAUGCUACUCCUUCUCUUGUUGUUAGAGAUGCUGUACAUGUUCUACCCAGAGAGGUGCUUGGAAAAUCGACUUUUGGGCUGUCAAUGUGGUUGCUCAAGUGGUUUCCUGUCCGCCUUGUCGAUACUUUCUUGUUGAUUGUUUGUAGAAUCUUGCUCGGAGAUACUUCUAAACUUGGCCUUGUCCGGCCGUCCAUCGGACCUCUGGAGCUCAAGAAUUCAGCCGGUAAAACGCCCGUCCUCGACGUCGGGACACUUGAUAGGAUUAAAAAGGGAGAUAUCAAGGUUGUUCCAGGGAUACAAAGAUUAACAAAGAAAACAGUGGAAUUUGUUGAUGGAGAAAAGGAAAAUUUCGAUGCAAUAAUAUUAGCAACGGGCUACAAAAGCAACGUACCCUCUUGGCUAAAGGAGAGGGAAAUGUUUUCGGAGAAAGAUGGGUUGCCUAGGCGGCCAUUUCCCAACGGUUGGAAAGGCGAGAGUGGGCUAUACGCGGUGGGGUUCACCAAACGUGGCCUUCUUGGAGCAUCCAUGGAUGCUAGGCAAAUCGCGGAGGAUAUUGAACGGUGCUGGAUUGCAGAGGCCAAGAAUCUGCCUCUUCUGUCGCGGUCAUUAACGUCGUGAUCAUGUAAUGUUGAUUGUUUAGUGUAAUUUAGUUGGCUGAUUGUAGGUUUUUGUACUAAACAGGGCUUAGAAGGGCAGUUUUGGUGGGUACAUAGAAAAUAAUGUUGGUGCCAAGAGUACUGCAAGUCCUUGAUUGUGGGGUGGGGUUAAUGUGGAGGUAUUGGAGACAGAGGGGAGGGACCUCAAUACUCAGUAAUAUCCUGUACAUGUAAGAGCUAGAAAAUUGUACACAAACUUGACAAUUUUGCUUUAAUUAUGAGGGGGAUCUUUAGAUUUGCAUGUAUGGUUUGGGUUUUUCGGAAGAGGAUAGGAUUUCUCAUAGCUUGUAAUAUUGGAGAAGAGACACUGUGAUAAAACAUGACUUCUAACCAAACAAAUUUUGUAUAUGAAGGAAUGAAUGAUUAAAUUAGU